AACCCUAGCCGGAUCAGAGACAAUAAACCCUUUCUUGUCUGCAGUCCCGUUUGUAUAAAACCCUCCACUAAACCCCUCUUCCGCUCCACGCCUCUUUCAAAACUCCCAAGAAUUCUUGCCCUCGUUUGCUAUUCAGAAGAAAAUGGAGUUUUGGGGAGUUGAAGUUAAGGCCGGACAACCACUUAAGGUCCAACCUGAAUUUGGAAAACUGAUUCAUAUUUCUCAGGCAGCCCUGGGUGAAGUGAAGGAUGUGAAAGGAGCCAAGCAUGUGCCUCUAAGGCUGAAAGUUGAUUCGAAGAACUUCAUCAUUGGAGCUCUUUCAGCAGAAGACAGAGCACAAUUGAUGUUUGAUUUGGUGUUUGAGAGGGAUUUUGAACUCUCUCAUGAUUGGAAAAAUGGGAGUGUCUACUUUAUGGGCUAUGUUGCUGAUGAUCCUGUUUCAGAUGGUGAAGAGUUCUCUGAUGAUUUUGAGGAUGAAUCUGAGGAUGAGCCUGUAGAUGCUCUGGAAAACGGUAAAGUUAAACCGAAGUCUGGUGAUGUAAAGGCUGCUAAAGUUGCCGCAGCUAAGAUUGGAAACAAGGAAGAAGAUCAGUCUGACUCUGAUGACGAUGAGGAUGACAUUGGAUCUGAUUCUGAUGAUGAAAUGGCACUUGAUGGAGAGGAUUCUAGUGAUGUCUCUGGAGAAGAGGAUGAAGAUGAUGAGGAUGAUUCCAGCGAGGAAGAGUUGCCAAAGAUGCAGAAGUCCAAGAAAAGAGCAGCUGAACAAGAAACUCCUGUUCCUGCCAAGAAAGCUAAAUCAUCUACUCCUGACAAAUCAGGUAACAAGAAAGGUCAGGCUGGAACUCCAUUCCCUUCAAAACCUGCAGGAAAAACUCCAACCGGGAACAAGUCAAAGGAGCAGACUCCUAAAUCUGGCGGCCAACUUUCCUGCAAAUCUUGCAGCAAGUCCUUCACUUCUGAGAAUGCUCUGCAGUCACACGCCAAGGCUAAGCACGGAGGCAAAUGAAAUUCACAUGGCUGAAUUGCGGUUGCCGGCAUAUUUUUGACUCAUUUUGUUGCAAGAAAAAUAUACUGAGACUAUGAAGAUUGUUACCUUGAUCGUGAUCGUGGUGGGUUUAUAGCAGGAAUCAGGAAUUCGUGAAGCCCUGGUUCUAUUUUGGAAAGUCCACCAAGAAUUGUGAUUCUUCUUUUUCAUUCGAUUCUUAGGUUGCUAUUUAUUUACUGUAUGUUUUUGGCUAAAGUUGUGGUGAAAUAGUGAAAAUCUUGUUUCAUGAAGUUUAUAAAUCUAUAUACCUGUAGCA